AUGGCAAGGACCACUGGUUGGAGGUGCAAAUGUGGGAGACAAAGUAUUGUCUAUACCUCCAAAACUGAGAGGAACCCAAACAGGGCUUUCCUUGGGUGUCCUAACUUCAAGGUGAAGAAGCCCUAUUGUGAUUUUUUUAGAUGGGUAGAUGACAUGUGUAAUGAACCCAUGGAACUGGAAGAAGCAAGAAUUCACACUGUGGAGUUGGAUGUUGCUGAAAUUAACUUCAAGUUGAAGUAUGUGGAGAUGAUGAUGAGAGAGCAAGAUGUGAAGAUUACUGAGCAAGGAAUGAAGCUUCAUCAGCAGGAAAGAAAACUGAAUGAUGUAUACCUGAAGAUGGUGGAGGAGUUAGUUAGGAUGGACAAAAAAAUUAGGACAGUUGAUAGGUCAGCUAGGGUCUUAGGUGCUUGUGUGGGUAUGAUCAUGAUCUAUAUGUUUGUUGUUAGUGUGGUAAAAGUGAAAAAAAGUGACCCAAAUGUAUUUUUGCUUCAGUGA